GUUGUUUCUGUAGGAACAAGUCACCAGGGAAAUGAGGGUCAUGCGGAAUGCAAAGCGAGCACUGCACAAGUCGUUUGACCGCGUUGCCUCCCCUCCUCCCUCGAGACACGCCCCCCCCCCACGGCGUUGACUGACUCGUCGCAUAUGGUUGACCUCAUGCCCGUGGGGAAGGUCGGCUUGUCGGAACGAUGGUCCCCUCAUGAUGCCCCCGCGCUUCGACGUCCAGCGCGGGGUCGAAAGCUCCGAGCCACGGAGCUCAGGAGCUACUUCUAUUGACCUCUUCCAUCACUCCUGCUCACACGAUUUCCUGGCCCAGACCCAUUGAUGCCACGAGUCCUGUGUUCCUCUUGUGUCCAAACGUCGUCGCGAUGGCUCCCACCAAGUCCUUUCCCGCCGGCAUCCAUGUCCCCAGUCUGACUUGGUUCGGUGACGACGCCAGCCAGGAGAUUGACUGGGACGUCCAGACAAAGCACAUUGAGUUCCUCGUCAGGUCGGGGCUUCACGGCAUUGUUCUUGCCGGCACCAACGGCGAGGCCGUCACCCUGACCAACGAGGAGAAGACCCGACUCGUCAAGACCACGAGGGAGGUCGCCGUCAAGGCCGGCCGCCCCGACCUGACCAUCACCAUGGGCUGCGGCGGCCAGUCCACCCACGCCGUCAUCGAGGAGACCCGGCUCGCGGCGGCCGCCGGCGCCGACUACGCCCUCGUCCUCGUCCCCAGCUACUUCCACUUCGCCAUGAACGAGGAGGCCAUCGUCGGCUUCUUCGAGGAGCUCGCCGACGCCAGCCCCGUCCCCGUCAUCAUCUACAACUUCCCCGGCGUCGUCGCCGGCCUCGACGUCAACUCGGACAUGCUCUCCCGCCUCGGCCGGCACCCCAACAUCGUCGGCGUCAAGCUGACCUGCGGCGGCAUCGCCAAGGUCGCCCGCGUCCGCGCCGAGUUCGACCCCGCCGAGUUCUUCGCCCUCGCCGGCCAGAGCGACUGGCUCGUGCCCGCCCUCGCCGUCGGCAGCAACGGCACCAUCACCGGCGUCGCCAACCUGUUCCCCAAGUACUGCAUCGAGAUCUUCGACCUCUACAGCGCCGGAAAGCUGCAGGAGGCGUCCGCCGCCCAGCUCAAGCUGGCGCAGAUGGAGUGGGCCUUUGGCAAGGGCGGCAUCAACGGCACCAAGUGGGUUGUCGCCAAGUCGCACGGCUACCCCCUGACCAGCUGCCACUGCAGACGCCCUUACCCCCAGUACACCGACGAGAAGAAGCAGGCUUGGAUCUCCGCCUUGGUGGCACCUCUGGUCGAGGAGGAGGCCAAGCUGAACCAGCGCGCUUGAUUGUGAAUGGAUAGUAGCUACUUGGAACGAAGAAUCGAAAGCAUAAGAUGGUGGACAUUGGCGUUUGGGGGCAUUUUGAAAAAAAUAGCAAAGGCAUCAUAAAUGAGCAGAAUGAAUUACCAUUGUAAUGAAGAGGUCCAGGAA